CGAACGUGUUGUCAAUCACAAACUGAUGGAGCGAGGAGGUAUGGACGCAGCGAAGAACUAUCAGCAUCUGUAACCCAACGAUGACGUUUCUGUCCAAAGAGCCUCUUUUUGCUUAAAAAAAGGAAGGAACACUAGCCGCCAAUAUGUAUGGUUUUGUGAAUCACGCCUUGGAGCUGCUCGUUUUGAGGAAUUACGGACCGGAAGUGUGGGAAGACAUCAAGAGAGAAGCGCAACUGGACAUCGAGGGCCAGUUCCUUGUUCGAAUAAUUUACGAUGACGCCAAAACGUACGAUCUUGUCGCUGCUGCCAGCAAAGUUCUCAAGAUUGACGCGGGAGCCAUCCUGCAGAUGUUUGGAAAGAUGUUCUUUGAGUUUUGCCAAGAGUCGGGAUAUGACACCAUUUUGCGUGUGCUGGGAUCAAACGUUCGCGAAUUCCUUCAGAAUUUGGAUGCCCUCCACGACCACUUGGGCACCAUCUAUCCUGGAAUGAGGGCUCCCUCGUUCCGUUGCACGGAUGCUGAGAAGGGCAACAAUCUGAUUCUCCACUACUAUUCGGAGAGAGAAGGCCUGCAGGACAUCGUGAUUGGCAUCAUUAAAACAGUUGCACAGCAAAUCCAUGGCACGGAGAUAGAGAUGAAGAUGAUCCAGCCCAAAAGCGAGGAGUGCGACCACAUCAAGUUCCUGAUUGAGGAAAAAGAAUCUGAGGAAGAAGCCUUCUACGAAGAUCUGGACGGCUUCGAGGAGAACGGCACGCAGGAAACACGAAUCAGCCCAUAUACCUUUUGCAAGGCCUUUCCCUUUCACCUGAUGUUCGACAAAGACUUGAUGCUCACACAGUGCGGCAACGCCAUUUACCGAGUGCUGCCUCAGCUCCAACCUGGUGCCUGCAUCCUCCCUUCAGUUUUCUCCCUGGUCCGCCCGCACAUUGACUUCAGCUACCAUGGCAUUCUUUCGCACAUCAACACGGUUUUCGUCCUGCGAAGCAAGGAGGGUCUACUUAAUGUGGAGACGGUGGAAAACGAGGACGAGCUGACAGGGGUAGAGAUCAGCUGUCUGCGGUUGAAAGGACAGAUGAUAUAUUUGCCCGAAGCUGAAAACAUCCUCUUUCUUUGCUCGCCCAGUGUGAUGAACCUGGACGACCUUACACGAAGGGGUCUGUACCUGAGCGACAUCCCGCUGCACGACGCCACACGAGACUUGGUGCUCUUGGGCGAGCAGUUCCGCGAGGAGUACAAGCUGACCCAGGAGCUGGAGAUCCUCACUGACCGUCUUCAGCACACACUCCGGGCAUUGGAAGAUGAGAAGAAGAAAACAGACAGAUUGCUGUACUCUGUCCUGCCGCCGUCUGUUGCCAACGAGCUGAGACACAAGCGGCCCGUCCCGGCCAAGCGUUACGACAACGUUACCAUUCUUUUCAGCGGCAUCGUGGGCUUCAACGCCUUCUGCAGCAAGCACGCAUCUGCCGAGGGCGCCAUCAAGAUUGUCAACCUGCUCAACGACGUUUACACCCGCUUCGACAUCUUGACCGAUUCGCGAAAUAACCCUUACGUGUACAAGGUGGAGACAGUGGGUGACAAGUACAUGACGGUAAGCGGUCUACCUGAGCCGUGCACGCACCACGCCAAAUCCAUCUGCCACCUCGCGCUGGACAUGUUGGAGAUCGCAGGACAGGUCAAAGUGGAUGACGAGCCCGUGCAGAUUACUAUCGGGAUCCACACGGGAGAGGUAGUGACGGGGGUGAUUGGCCAGAGGAUGCCCCGCUACUGCCUUUUUGGCAACACAGUCAACCUCACAAGUCGCACGGAAACCACUGGGGAAAAAGGCAAAAUUAAUGUUUCAGAGUAUACUUACAGGUGUUUGCAGUCCGCCGAGAACGCAGACCCUCAGUUCCACCUGGCAUACCGAGGCCCGGUCACCAUGAAGGGGAAGAAAGAACCCAUGAAGGUGUGGUUCCUGUCCAGACAGGAAGUCCACUGAAAAGCCCUCCCAAAUCUUCAACUUCAAUCCAUCAAAUGGAUUGAGUAGAAUAAAUAAAAAACAUGGUUUUGAUAAUGAUGCAAACCCUGUUUAAAAAAACUGUGCCAUUGUGCUUCACCAUACUAUAGAUAUGCUGUGUAUUUCAGCAUACACAUUUAGAUUAGUUUUUGUGCGAAUAGCUGCAUUUGUCAAGCACUUUUCACACACAGUUAGAUUUAACUUGUCCAAAAUGUUCAAGUAAAAAAUAAAAAAAAAACUAUAUACAGUAUUAUAAAAAAUAUAUUUUAAAUUCAUUUGAAAUACACCAACGUGGUGAAUGCUUUUAUUCCUUAUUAGGUAAUGGGAAAUAUUUGAAUCUUAAUAUAUUUACUUUAUUCCUCAUUCUAAGUAGACAUUUUAUAGUGGCUCAAUGUCUUUUUAUCUUGUUAAUUUGUGUUAAAUAUAAAGUAUGUGAAGCCCUAAGUGUCUCUUAGCCUUCAUUCCAAUACUCCCACUAUUCACACUGCUUUGGUUUGCUUUAUGCAUACGCUCACUUGCCAAAAGUUUAGAUUCAUGUGCUUUGCAAUUUCUUGAGGGAAAUCUAUCUAGCUAUCUCGCUAUCAUCGUCUCUCUCUAAGCGCUUGGAAUCUUGGUUUAUGUGUAUCACAGACAAGUGCGUACGUAGGUUUGCAUAGGGACGGUAGUGACACAACACUACCAACUUUUUAGGAUGCUUAAAUUGUCCCCACCAACUUUUAAGCAACCUUAUUUGCAUUAUAUAAUGACUUCAGUUAUAUAGAUAAUUUAGAUUGUCUCCCCAUAUGUUGUAUGAAUAGAAUUGACCCUACCAUUAUUAAGUGAAUUAUUUUCAUUAUGUUCAGAAUUACCUUAACCCCUUUUCACUGCUGAGCAGUGUUGGG